AUCCCAUGAGCGGGCAGCAGGGUCAGGAGUGGCCCCCGUGUUGCCUGAGCGAGACUCUCCCCUGCCCUCUGCCCUCCGCGCCUCCGGCCUGCAUGUCCCCGUGGCCUCUUAGGGGCACAUCCCGGGACUGGGUCAGCAGGCCUGGGCGGUUGGCCUUAAGCUGUCACACACCUAGGGAGAUGCUCCUGUUUCUGGGAACCUUGGCCCCCACUCCUGCAAACUUCGGUAAAUGUGUAACUUGACCCUGUACCGGCUCACUCUGUUCAGCAGUGAAACUGUGCAUCGAUCACUAAGACUUCCUGGAAGGGGUCCCAGCGUGAGUGUCCCUUCUGGCGUCUGUCUUUCUGGCCAGCCUGUGGUCUGGCCACAUGAUGUAACCCCCCUCCAGCCUGUGCACAGGCAGCCUGGGAACGGCUCCAUCCCCACCCCUCAGAUAUAAAUAGGGGCUCGUGACCCGGCCAGGGGAAGAAGCUGCCAUUGUUCUGGGUACUACAGCAGAAGGGUAUGCAGAAGCGAGCGCCCCAGUCCGAGAUGGCUCCUGCCAGCGUGAGCCUGAGGGCCACCAUCCUCUGCCUCCUGGCCUGGGCUGGCCUGGCCGCAGGUGACCGGGUGUACAUACACCCCUUCCACCUCGUCAUCCACAAUGAGAGCACCUGUGAGCAGCUGGCAAAGGCCAAUGCUGGGAAGGCCAAAGAUGCCACCUUCACACCUGUUCCGAUACAGGCCAAGACGUCCCCUGUGGAUGAAAAGGCCCUGCAGGACCAGCUAGUGCUGGUCGCCGCAAAACUCGACACCGAGGACAAGUUGAGGGCCGCGAUGGUCGGGAUGCUGGCCAACUUCUUGGGCUUCCGUAUAUAUGGCAUGCACAGUGAGCUAUGGGGCGUGGUCCAUGGGGCCACCAUCCUCUCCCCAACGGCUGUCUUUGGCACCCUGGCCUCUCUCUACCUGGGAGCCUUGGACCACACAGCCGACAGGCUACAGGCAAUCCUGGGCGUCCCUUGGAAGGACGAGAACUGCACCUCCCGGCUGGAUGCGCACAAGGUCCUCUCUGCCCUGCAGGCUGUACAGGGCCUGCUGGUGGCCCAGGGCAGGGCUGACGGCCAGUCCCAGCUGCUGUUGUCCACAGUGGUGGGCCUAUUCACAGCCCCAGAUCUGCACCUGAAGCAGCCGUUUGUGCAGGGCCUGGCUCUCUAUGCCCCUGUGGUCCUCCCACGCUCUCUGGACUUCAUAGACCUGGAAGUCGCUGCUGAGAAGAUUGACAGGUUCAUGCAGGCUGUGACAGGAUGGAAGAUUAGCAGUCCCCUGACGGGAGCCAGUGCGGACAGCACCCUGGUUUUCAACACCUACGUCCAUUUCCAAGGGAAGAUGAAGGACUUCUCCCUGCUGGCUGAGCCCCAGGAGUUCUGGGUGGACAACAGCACCUCAGUGUCUGUCCCCAUGCUGUCUGGCGUGGGCACCUUCCAGCACUGGAGCGACGCCCAGGACAACUUCUCAGUGACUCAAGUGCCCUUUACUGAGAGCGCCUGCUUGCUGCUGAUUCAGCCUCACUACGCCUCUGACCUGGACAAGGUGGAGGGUCUCACUUUCCAGCAAAACUCCCUCAACUGGAUGAAGAAACUGUCUCCCCGGGCCAUCCACCUGACCAUGCCCCGACUGGUGCUGCGAGGAUCUUAUGACCUGCAGGACCUGCUUGCCCAGGCUGAGCUGCCCGCCAUUCUGGGCACCGAGCUGAACCUGCAAAAAUUGAGCAAUGACAACCUCAGGGUGGGGAAGGUGCUGAACAGCAUUUUUUUUGAACUCGAAGCGGAUGAGAGAGAGCCCACAGAGUCUACCCGACAGCUGAACAGGCCUGAGUUCUUGGAGGUGACCCUGGACCGCCCAUUCCUGUUUGCUGUGUAUGAUCAAAGUGCCACUGCCCUGCACUUCCUGGGCCGUGUGGCCAACCCGCUGAGCCCAGCAUGAGGUCAGGGCCCCAGAACACAGCGCCUGGCAAGGCCUCUGCCCCUGGCCUUUGAGGCGAAGGCCAGCAGCAGAUAGUAACUCUGGACAAACCAGCGAUUUGUCACCCCCAGUCUCCCACCUUUUCUUCUAAUGAGUCAACUUCGAGCUGGAAAGCAGUCGUUUCUCCUUGGUCUAAGUGGUGCUGCGUGGAGUGAGCAGUAAGAAACCUGUGGCAGCACAAAUGCGCCUCCCAGGUUGCUGGGUUUAUUUUAGAGAAUGGGGGUGGGGAGGCAAGAACCAGUGUUUAGCGCGGGACCACCGUUCCAAAAAGAAUUCCAACCGACCAGCUUGUUUGUGAAACAAAAAAGUGUUCCCUUUUCAAGUUGAGAACAAAAAUUGGGUUUUAAAAUUAAAGUAUACAUUUUUGCAUUGCCUUCGGUUUGUAUUUAGUGUCUUGAAUGUAAGAACAUGACCUCCGUGUAGUGUCUACAGUAGCUUAGUUUUUUCCACAGAUGCUUGUGAUUUUUUUGAAUAACACGUGAAAGAUGCAAGCAUCUGAAUUUCUGUUUGAAUGUGGAAACCAUAGCUGGUUAUUUCUCCUUUGUGUUAGUAAUAAACGUCUUGCAACAAUAA